AUGAGCGCCAGCCGCCCCCGAUGGCCUCGAGCCACCCCUCCUGCAAUCCACCUCCACCUGCACACCCAGCAAUCCUGCCCUUCUGCGCGGCAAAACACAUCUGCUGGUGGUCUCCGCCCCUCUGUCCUGUCCUCAUCGCUACUAUUCCCUCCCAUUGUUUUAUCAACCGUCAUCAGCCCGGACCUCCACGGCGCCGUGAACAUGCCCAGGCGCCGUCGAGGCCGGCCGACCUCCAGCAGCGGCAGUGGCACGAUUGACCAGUUAUCCCCCUUCGCUACGGACAGCGAGUCCGAUCGAGGAUAUGGGACGGAGCUGACAGAGCCCGAUUCGGACGCACCUUGCGACAGACGGAAGGUCAAACGCAGGCGUCGACGAUUGCGCUACAAGCCCAACACACCGGUCCCCAAGGGCGCAGCUGUCUCUGUUACAGACGACUCCGACGAUGAUACGGACCCCGAGGAUGAUACGGACGACGAGAUAUUGUCGGAGGACGAGGAUGACGACUACGCCUUUGGCACCAGGAACAAUAUCGCUCGGCUGGAGGAUCACUGGCAGCGCCUUCGGCGGCUGGCCAAGAAGCACGGGCUGGAUACACAGGAGAAAGAGAAGGACCCCGCGUACGUCGAGGACACAUCUACGCUUCAGAAGACCGCCCUGCGGACGCAGGAGAAGAGAUUCUGGCUUGGGCUGCAGCGGAUGCAGAUCUGCCUCUACAACCUGCUCGGCCUCUUCACGCUGAACCGGAAAAGCGCCAUCCUCAACCUGCGAUUCAAGGACCUGCGGGUGUCGCUCCAGCGCGACCCCAGCGGGGGGCCUGACCUUCCGACGGUGGAAUUCAGCUACGAGUUUACGAAGAAGCACCUCGGCCUCACACAGACGAACACGUUCACCCUGCCGGAGAUCAUCUACGAGCCGUCUCUGAUCCUCAGUCCGCAUAUUUUUCUCUUCGGAAUCCUGUUCUUCUUCGAAGCGUUCAGUCCUCCCAGUCUAACCUCGAUGGCCAAGCUCAGAGGACUGAAGAUCGGGGGCGGCCGACAGCAGCUGCUGAUCCCGCUGAAGCCAGAGAUGGCCAAUCACUAUGUCUUCUGCAAAGUGGCGAAGGUAAACGGCGAGAUCCGCAUCUUCCCUCAAGAAAUGAUGGACCCUUCGUCCUCCGUCCGUACGAUAGCCGAGAUCGCCGGUUUUCUGCACUCCUGGUUCAACCAUCGCUGCCGGUAUGGCGGGGGUCUGAUCCUCAACAAGAGUGGAUUGGUCGGCGAUGCCGAGCAGAACCUAGUCCUCAAGCAUGCCAAUAUCCGCACGUUUCUGGAACACUAUAUUCCACGCAAUGUGUGCCUCAAUAUGCAGGCACUGAUCAGCGGCUUGGACCCCAAUUCCCCUCUGAUGCGAGCCAUCACGCGGAUCGGCCGCUUUCUCGACAAACGGCGUCCACGACAUCUGACGGAUGCGCAGAAGGCGAUCGUGGAACAGGACCCAGAGCUGCAGGAAGCCAUCCAAAAGCGAGACCGGGUCGAACGACGUGCCGCCCAAACCAACGAUCCCGUGACAAUUGAGAAGCUUGGGAAGCUAAGGGCCGAUGUCGAGAAGACAAGAAGGCGGCUUCUCUAUAAGUACCGGAAACGGGUUCGGGAGGAGUUCGACGACGAGCAAGCGGUGAUCGACAUCGAACGGCAGCUCUCCGGCGAGGCGGUGGACGAGGAGGCAAAGGAGACGCUGCGGGAUGAACAGUUGCUCCCCCAGAUGAUCUAUCUUUUCUCAAAGCUCCUGACAUGGCCGACAUCUAGAUCGGUGGAGGUGGAGUUGCGGCGACGGGAUGCCGGUGCUGAUGCCGUUCAGAUGUACUGUGGUGUCCUCGAGGGUGGGCCGCGCCGAGGACGGAGACCAAAGGCCCCCCCACCGCCGCCGCCACACCCCCCGCAGGCACCCGAUGGCACCGACGAUGGGAAUGAUGCUCACGGUCGUCGGAUCACCGGCGCAUUCAUCGAUACUCGCGGCCUGCGGACCUGGGCCGCCAUUUCCGGUAUGAGCACCUCCGGCAUCUCAAGGACGGGGAGCCGGCGUGGUGCAGCUGGUGCCAGAUCAAACUGGAACACAAGAUGCACGUGCAGAGCCAUGCGAAGUUGGUCCACCGAGUGCAUACAUAGGCCGCAAGUGAGGGAGGACCCGGGGGCUGUUGUAUUCUGA